AUGCUACGCGACGUCCACCUAUUCAAGUCCGUCGAAUACCACAAGGAUUUUUUCAUGGAGUACAAAAUGCACGCGGUACCCAUCCUCGUUCUCCUUCACAACACCCUCGCAGUAUACCUCGUGCACCUCUGCUUGAACGCUUUUCGCUUUUGCCUCUUCCGCCACUCUCGCUCCAAUACCGAUGGAGCAAUUGAACUACAGCAACGCCCAACGCGGUCCUCUUCUCUCAUCAGGGACCUCAUAUUGUCGAAGUUCCCACAGUACAAGAUUAGAAAGAUAUUUCGUUCUUCUUGUGCGUUUCGCGUCGCCCAUGGUUUAAUCAUUUCCGUCCAGACUUGUUUGUUUGCUCGCCGGCCAGAACGUGAGAAGGCGAAACGAGCACAAGCAACAGCAAGCUCAAUCGCACGGCCAAGCCAAGGCGUCCAUCAUCACAAAACUCAGCCCCUCCGACGCCUCAACCUCCGGGACACCUCAUAA